CAAGGCUGUGGUGGCGACGGCUGUGGUUGACCGGGGUCCGCGGAGGGGGCGAGGCGGCCGCCCCUGUAUGCGUCUUCAACCGCGCAUGGACGACCACCUCAGCCUCCUUCAAUCACCCCCGCCAAGCGCAACCAAAACCCGGGGCGACAACCUGGUGAACCACGGAUACACCGAGACAGAAGCCGACGUGAUGACUGUUGUGGCUUGUGACAACAUGCUAGAAGAGUCAGCGGCUCUCCCGGGCCACCACUCUCUGGAUCGUUAUGAACCGGAUCACGAAUGCUGCGAGAGGGUGGUCAUCAACAUCUCAGGGUUACGAUUUGAAACGCAGCUAAAGACUCUCUCGCAAUUUCCAGAGACGCUGCUGGGUGACCCCAAGAAGAGGAUGAGGUACUUUGAUCCCCUCAGGAAUGAAUACUUUUUCGAUCGGAACAGACCCAGCUUUGAUGCCAUCCUCUAUUACUACCAGUCUGGCGGGCGCAUAAGAAGACCUGUGAAUGUGCCCAUUGACAUUUUUUCUGAGGAGAUACGCUUCUACGAGCUGGGCGAGGAGGCUAUGGAGAAGUUCAGGGAGGAUGAGGGUUUCAUAAAGGAGGAGGAGCGACCGUUGCCUGAGAAUGAAUUUCAAAGACAGGUGUGGCUGCUUUUUGAGUACCCAGAGAGCUCUGGUCCCGCCCGGGGAAUCGCAAUAGUCUCAGUCUUGGUCAUUCUCAUCUCCAUUGUCAUUUUCUGCUUAGAGACAUUGCCGGAGUUCAGGGACGAGAACAGGGAUCCAAUCACCAUUGCGCCUGUGAUAAAUGGCACACUCCCCUAUUUCAUCAGCCCAUUCUCGGACCCGUUCUUUGUAGUGGAGACGUUGUGUAUAAUCUGGUUCUCAUUCGAGCUGCUAGUGCGCUUCUUUGCAUGCCCGAGUAAGGCCACGUUCUCCAAAAAUAUUAUGAACAUUAUAGACAUUGUGGCCAUUGUUCCCUAUUUCAUUACACUUGGCACAGAGCUGGCAGAAAGACAAGGGAACGGACAGCAGGCCAUGUCUUUAGCCAUUCUGCGCGUAAUUAGGCUUGUUCGGGUGUUUCGUAUCUUCAAACUGUCGCGUCACUCUAAGGGGCUUCAGAUUUUAGGACAGACUCUAAAGGCCAGUAUGCGUGAGCUGGGCCUGCUCAUCUUCUUCUUAUUCAUCGGUGUCAUCCUCUUCUCCAGUGCUGUCUACUUUGCUGAGGCAGACGACCCAGAAUCGGGUUUCAACAGCAUCCCGGACGCAUUCUGGUGGGCUGUUGUCACCAUGACCACAGUGGGCUACGGGGACAUGCACCCCGUGACAAUUGGGGGAAAGAUUGUGGGGUCUUUGUGCGCAAUUGCUGGCGUGCUGACUAUUGCCCUGCCUGUACCUGUCAUCGUCUCCAAUUUUAAUUAUUUCUACCACAGAGAAACGGAGGGCGAGGAGCAGGCACAGUACUUGCACGUGGGCAGCUGUCAGCCUUUAGCAGACACCGAGGAGCUGAGGAAGACUCGCUCUUCUUCUUCACUCAGCAAGAGCGAGUACAUGGUGAUAGAAGAGCACGGGAUAAACAGCACGUUCAAACAGCAGCCCAACUUCCCCACUACCGCUCAGAACAACUCGCAGAAUUGUGUGAAUAUAAACAAAAAGAUUUUCACCGACGUGUAGCCAUUAUUUUAGAGCCAUAACCCUGAACACAGGAAGUGGUGACGAAUCAACACACAGCUGGUUCUGCCGUUGCGCACCAGCGUGUGGAAGCAGCGGUAGAUCAGAAAGAAAGAAAGAAGAAAAAAAAAACAGAAAAAAGAAAAAAGAAGCGAAAGAACAGAACCUGUAUGUUCAGAGAUGCUGCUUUGCUGUCCAUUCAAAGAAUCGGGAUUUUUCAUUUCAGUGGUAUGAAUUCAUAAUUCUGUGUGGUUCCAUUCGCGCUUGUAAGAAGAUGAAGAGCUCCUUAUAAAGUAUUAGAUCUACCAUUCUUCUCUGAGUGAGGGGGGUUGACCUGUUGUGACUCGGGCAAUAGUGAGUAUAUUUUUCACAACAGGUAGACAUAGAAGCUUUAUAACUGUGACAGAUGUGCACAAAUGUAUAAUACUUGAAGGGCACUCACAUUGUAUUAACAUGCGUUAUGGGUCGUGAUCCGUCAAUCAUCGGCUAUGUAUAAUAUCCAGAAUCAUUUAAAUAUGUUUGUGUGUGCGUGUUUAAACACAUGUGAAGUCUGAAAAACACAGUUCAGCAUAUAAUAUCUCAAUUAGACCGUUUUGUGCUAUGCCUUUAUUGUGCGUUAAAGUCUAGUCCAAAUGCUAUUCUCUUUAAAAAAAAAAUAUAUAUAUAUAUAUAUAUAUAUAAGAAUUCCCAACAAUUUCUUUGUAUGCAUUCUACUGGUUGGCUUUUAAUGGUUAAACGGCGACAUGUAAACACAGGGGCCAGCCGACUCCAGUUCUCAUUAUCGAUGCAAGACACACGUGCAGCGAAGAAACACUGAGCUUUUUUUUGCGCACACAAACAGUGAUCAAAGAUGGAGCGUGUCUCUUUUCGGAUGCCUCGAAUAUAGCCCACUGUGAUGGAGUCUCCAUGGCGACGGUCGUUACCUCGGUAACCCCCCCCCCCCCCC